AUGUUGACGGAUAUGCCCUAUCGUUCGAAAGCUACAUCCACGGCCAAGGUGUAUCGAGCUGAAAACGGGAGGAGGAGUAAAUGGAUAAAGGAGAAGAACCUUCCAAAAAACGAGUCGUCCUUCCUACUAUACUUGCUCGAAAGGGCGACGGAAAUCGGAAGCAGCGCUCUGGCGAGGAUCUCGGCGGCUUACCAAGCGGCGAACGACGGGAUUUCAAGGAUCGGAGCGACUUUUGUGGCGGACGUCAUAAAGGCGAAACGCAGGCUGGAGUGCCCCGUGAAGAAGAAGCCGAUAGAGGUGACGAUCGAGGACGUCGAGAAGACAGAUCGCGAUGCAAUGUUGACAAUUUUGUCGUUCCACGUGAUGCUUCGAGCUUCAGAGGCGGAGGAGAUCAGAUGGGACGACGUCAUUUAGUCAGGAGAUCUGAUCGAAGUAGUCGUGAAGAGGGCCAAGAACGACCAGAUGGGGCUGGGAAGAUCGUCGUUCUUCCACUACACGCCGGGCAGCGACGCAGACAUCCUGAUGUGCCGGUGGCGAUUGAGGAAUAAAAAGAGGACGUGCGAAUACGUGUUCUCAAACGCGGAUGGCUCGAGAAGACUGGCGAAGCAAUCGAUUUCGGCGGCGGCAACGAAGAUGCUCAAGUUGGUCGGGAAAGGAGGAGCGACUCAUCACGGAUUCCGGAGAGGAGGAGCCAACCACUUACGAGCACAAGGGCACUCGUUGGAGGAGAUCCGUACCAGAGGGCGUUGGAGAUCUAUGGCAGGUCUUCAAAGGUAUCUGAAGGACAUCCCGGAGGCGCAAGGAUGCAAGUCGACGAAGCGAACCCGUGGAGGACUGGAGGAACUUGAGGAGUCCGACGAGGAAUAA